GGACACUAAAGAUCGGAAUAAAGAUAAGAAAUCAUUAGAGAUUUAAUAUUGCGAGUGUGAUAUCGUGUAGACACAGCACAGUGUUGAAAUUUUUACCUUAUAAAUAUAGUAUCCAAAGGAUGCCAUGAUGAAUCAAGCUGAGAAAUAACUUUUUUAGUAACACGAGAGAGAUAAAGAAGAGCUAAAGAGACAGAGAGAUGAAAAUGAUGCAAGAGGAGGGAAACCGAAAAGGUCCAUGGACAGAACAGGAAGACAUACUUCUGGUAAAUUUUGUUCACUUAUUUGGAGAUCGACGAUGGGAUUUUAUAGCAAAAGUAUCAGGUUUGAAGGUGGAGGGAGAAAGAUAAGAAUAGGUAAGGAGCCACCAUUAAUGAGCUAGUUUUGGUUGUAGGUUUGAACAGAACAGGAAAGAGUUGCAGGCUAAGAUGGGUUAAUUACCUACAUCCUGGUCUCAAACGUGGCAAGAUGACGCCUCAAGAAGAGCGCCUCGUCCUUGAGCUUCACGCUAAGUGGGGAAACAGGUGGUCGAAAAUAGCCCGAAAAUUGCCGGGACGAACGGAUAACGAGAUAAAGAACUACUGGAGGACUCAUAUGAGGAAGAAAGCUCAAGAAAAGAAGCGUCCUGUUUCCCCAACUUCCUCAUUUUCCAACUGCAGCUCGUCAUCUGUGACCACUACCACCACCAAUACUCAAGAUACAUCGUGCCACUCGCGUAAAUCUUCAGGGGAAGUGAGCUUUUACGACACUGGAGGUUCCCGAUCCACUAGAGAGAUGAAUCAAGAAAACGAAGACGUGUACUCGUUGGAUGAUAUAUGGAGAGAGAUUGAUCACUCAGCAGUAAACAUAAUAAAACCGGUUAAAGACAUCUACUCAGAACAAAGCCAUUGCUUAAGUUACCCAAAUCUAGCUUCACCAUCAUGGGAAAGCUCAUUGGAUUCUAUAUGGAACAUGGAUGCAGAUAAAAGUAAGAUAUCGUCUUACUUUGCAAAUGAUCAGUUUCCUUUCUGUUUCCAACACAGUAGAUCACCAUGGUCGUCAGGUUAAAAAUUUUAAGAUUUAAUUCAUUGAGAUAAAUCUGUUUUAUAUAUAUGUUAUAUAACUUAUAAAUACAAUAAAACCUAACGACUGUAAUAGUUGGUUGAUGAACACAAAAACAGCUUAAGUCUGGACUCUGUAAUCAUACAAUGUGUAGUAGUAGUAAGUAACCAGCCUAAGUCUAUGUCUAGAAUGAAUAAGAAUAAAAGUCUUGUGAUCCCACUUUCUUUUAUUUGUUUGUCAAUGUAUAAUACAACUCAAUACUCUAAUUCUAAAGUAAACAUUUCAAAAUUUCAAUUUCUUUUCUCUGUUUCUUUUUGGUGACAUCUCUC